AUGAGACGCUACAGGAGCCGGGUACAGGUAAUGGCUUCUGUGAAACAUGAGAAGGCAACAACAAAAUACUGGGAAGAUGCAUUGCAAGGGUUCAUCGGGGUUUGCGAGCGACAACAUCCCGUUCUGUCGUGCGCGCGCAUAACCCUCGAACCAGACUACCCCUCGACCUUGUCACACACACUGCCGUUGCAGACAUCUUGUGACGAGCUGAAAUGUUUUGCAGAGCGGCUUGGCCUAAGAUCAACUGGGACGGUUUUACGCACAGCGUUUGCCUAUAUCCUAUCAGAAUACCUUGAGCUCGACAGAGUGAUCCUGGGAGAAGCGAUUCCAAGUAUCAGCUCCGCGGAUUCCGGCUCGAUAGUCCCAGUACGCGUUGUGCUUUCUCUUCAAGAUCAAGCAGAAGAGCUUUUGCGCCGAGUUGAUGACUUGGUUACAGGGCCUAACUUGAUGAGAGUCAUACCGUCGGAGACAAUUAGAGACAUUUUGAAAUGCCCUCCUUCACAAAGUCCCUUCAACGCGCUUUUUACACAUGAGGAUACCUGCCAUGUUGCUAUCGAGCCCACUCUGCAUCACCCGCAAUCAGGACAAACAACGCCGCCCAUAUCGCUAACCGUUGGACGUACCGAGCAAGACACGCUAUCCUGCACACUUUCUGUUCGCGCCGACUUGAUGGACACUGCCCAUCUCGAACUGGUGUCGCAGCAGAUCGAAGCUUUGACAACCGCCAUAGUCGCGCAUCCCACCGAGCCAGUUGGAGCUCUAACUGCACUCUUUCCCCAGCCCCUCCUCUCCAUAUUCACCCCAUCGGUGAGCAAACAACUGGAGAAUGCUCCAAAUCUAUCCCCGUUCCAUUGGGUAGACCACUGGGCCACCUCGAACCCGAACUGGCCAGCCGUGGAAGUCAUCGAAUCGAUCAACGAGGAUACGAUGGAUUCUCGAAGCUGGUCAUAUGCAGAGCUGGCGCAAACAUCCAACCGAAUCUCCAGCUGGUUGGUUCGCCGUGGCUGGCGCAAUAGCAUGAUUGGGGAGGUCUUGGGGGACGUGGUUCCCCCUGAGGGGUGCGAGGUGGUUGAUAUUAAUAGCGAUGAGUUUCGUGAGAAGAUUGAGAGUAUCGAGGAACUGGCUCCAGUUGAUGCACUGCCGUCUGACAAUUGCUAUCUUCUGUAUACCUCUGGGUCUACGGGGUUGCCUAAGGGGGUUUUGGUCAGCCGUGGUAAUCUGUCUGCUUUCACUGAGGCGCAGUCUGAGUAUAUCUGUCGGGAUGUACCGAACACGCUCACGCUGGGUGGUACAGGUAGCUAUCUAGCCCAUGCCAGUCGGGCCUUUGACGUCCAUCUAUGCGAGAUGGUGCUGGGGUGGCGGCAUGGACUUCGUCUAGUGACAGCGCCACGGACGAUGCUGCUCGAUAACCUGCGUACAGUGCUCACACGAUGCCGCAUAUCACACGCCGGGUUUGUUCCUUCGCUACUCGAACACACGGGCGUCAGUGCCGAGCAGUUGCCCGAUCUUCGAUAUCUAGGAGUCGGUGGUGAGAAAAUCUCCGAGACGAUCAUUGAACGCUUUGUCGGGAAACCAUCCAUUGCCUUGGUGAACGCAUACGGACCAACAGAGGUGACAAUCGGCUUGACAAGCCACACGGUGACGACCUCUUCGACAGUGCGAAACAUUGGCUCAGCUGUGGGCAAGAUCACACUUCAUGUGCUUGAGCCAGAAACCAACAACUAUGUCAAGCGAGCCCAGGUAGGCGAGCUCUGCGUUACGGGUGAUCUCGUAGCCAAGGGAUACCACGGAAGGCCUGGUGCAAAGGGCUUCGCCGACUUCCACGGCCAACACAUGUAUCGAACAGGAGACAUGGUGCGACUCAUGGCCAACAACUGCGUUGAAUAUCUCGGCCGACGAGACAGUCAAGCCAAAGUCCGGGGCCAGCGUCUGGAGCUUGAGGAAGUCUCCAUUGCAGUUCGUCGAUGCGCGAACCGUCCAGCAAAUGUCACAUCCAUCGUGACGCCUUCGCCUAUCACGAAACGGCCGCAGCUGGUAACCUUCAUCAGCCCUGCCAGUGAUAGGCCUGAGAAAAUAUCCACUCAGCCAGAGUUUGUGAAAGAGGAGUAUCGGGAUUGGGUUCCACAGGUCCUGGAGCGUUGUCGUCAGCAACUACCAGCUUACAUGGUUCCCAGUGUGUUGCUCCCUCUUAGCUUUAUACCAAUUCAGAUAUCUGGCAAGGCAGAUAACCGUCGCUUGGUGGCUCUGUACGAGAGCAUUCCUGCUUCAGACCUUCUUCACGAGGCGAAUGGGAGCGCACUUCAUGGUCAGGGUUCAGGGCCAGAUGAUACACCGCUCACAGCGGACGAGCAGCAAGUCUGUGAUGUUGUUUGCGCAGUUACGUCGGCAGAUGCUCGAGAUAUCACGAAGAACACAAGCAUCUUCAAGCUGGGAAUCGACAGCCUCAGCUCGCUGGGUCUGGUCGCUCAGAUGCGCAAAAUUGGCUAUGUCUGCUCUGCGGCUGAUAUUCUGCGAAACGAUACGAUUGUGCAAUUGGCGAAUCUACCAAGACGCACCAACGGCUCAAUGCUAAGAAGCGUGGAUUCUGUAUUCGAAGCUCAAGUCUCUGAAGCUAUGCACCAGUUGGAGGAACUUGAUCAAACGUUCCGACGCUUACCAAAGUCCAUUCCAAACUCCUCGAUUGCCAUCAUUCGGCCCUGUCUGCCUCUCCAGGAAAGCCUUGUCUCCAACUCUAUGGACAAUCCAACCCCAUUGUAUGUCAAUCAUAUUAUGCUUCGGUUAGGUCCCUCAACUUCGCUUGAGCAUUUGAAAUCAGCAUUCGAGGAUUUGAUCCAGGAGAACGAAAUAUUCCGCACCUGCUUUCAGGUCAUGGACGAUCAGGUGGUACAAGUGGUCUUAAAGCCUCGAGUCGUUCGCAUGCCAUGGGAUGAAAUCGAAAGCUCUGACGAAGAAGACGCCCGGCAUCAGGUUGUGGGUGGCAUUGAAACACGUCCUCCGCUUCAUUUCACCGCCGCUUCAUCAAGCGAUGAUGACCACCCAGGGUGGCUCAUGCUUAUGAACAUCCUUCUUGACCGGCUAUACUUGCAUUGCACUGGGGAGAGGUCUAUGUCUCGUAUUGAUCUCACUCCUCUUUACCAGCAUUUUAUGAUUUCGACCGAAAAGGAUGCUGAGAGGCAUUGGUCCCGUUAUCUCGCUGGCUAUAGACCUGGCAUAAUUUCCACAGAGGACACAAGCGAUGUCCCAUAUACCAUUGUCACGGAGAAGGUGACAUCGACUUUAUCCGCACUCUCUAGACUUGCCUCCAAAAUCUCAACCACCACGCCCCUAGUCCUAGAAACAAUCUGGGCAAUCGCACUCGCAAAGUUCCUAGGCCAUGGAGACGUCAUGUUCGGCCGGGUCAUGAACGGACGAGCGAUACCCGUGGACUCAGUAGAGACGAUGCUGAUCCCUCUCGUAACGACGGUCCCUGCUCGACUUCGCAUAGAUACAUCCAGCCUGGUCGAGCUGAUCAAAAGACACACCCGAGCGAGCCUGGAGUGCCUGCCUUACCAGCAUACGCCGCUCCGCGCAAUUCAACGAUAUGUUCGGGCAUCGGGUCCGUUGUUUAACUCUAUGUUCUCAUAUGUCGCGAUGCGACCGUCGCCUGUCGAGCCGUUGCUGCAGGAAAUAGACAGCGUCAUGGAGGUCGAUUAUCCUCUUGCGUUGGAGGUUAGAGCCGACGCAGAGACGGACUCUGUUACGCUGCGGUUGAGAGCUGCUGGCGAUCCUUCUGUGGCUCAAAAUGCCCAUGCGAUCAUUAGUACCAUGUUGAUUCUGCUGCAGAAUCUAGAGUCUAGUGGAGACGCACCGAUCGAUGUGGGAGAGUUUGGCCAAGAGCAAGAACAAAAGCCAACCACUUGGGACGAGAACUGCUGGGCUGAAGGCGAAGCGGAAAUCCGCAGCGUCUUGUCCGAAGUCACUGGUGUGUCGGAAUUGCAAAUCUCCAAAAAUAUCUCUUUCUUUGCCUUGGGAAUUGACUCGGUGAUCUCCAUUCGGCUUGCUCGUUGUCUCCAGGAAAAAGGUGUCAAAGCUUCGUCGAGUGAAGUUUUGAAAUACCCAUCUGUUGGGUCCCUGUAUGAUCAUCUGCAGAAAGCUUCUAUCGUCGCCCCCAUAUCGCAGGUGGAAAAGCCUCCAGUGUAUGUCAAUCUCAAUGUUGAGUUACUUCACGCGGACGACUCAAUCAUCGAGAAGCUUUAUCAAGAGACGGAGAUUAAUAUGGGUUCAUUUGCUUCCGCUGCCCGUACAGUUACAAACGCGCGGGAUAAGUCCACCCAGUUCUGGGUCGACGCCGUCACAGACUACGAACAUGCUGGACUACCGGUGUCAUUAGACCCUAGGGUCGAAUCCCAAACCAAAUGGGCACAAGUAAAGGUGCAGACUCCAGUCGCUGAUCUCUUGCGCCUCUGCAGCUCCCUUGAGGUGACGAUGCAGACCGUCGCACUGCUCGCCUACGGGAGAUCGCUGGCAUUGCUGUUAGGCCAGCGAGACGUGGUGUUCGGUCAUGUCGUUUCCGGUCGUGCCCUAGAUGAUGGCACAGCAUCAAUCAUCGGUCCUCUUCUCAACACCGUGCCAUUCCGUCUGACACUGGAUCCAAUUCUUCGGAACACUCGCUCAGUCUUACAGUAUAUACAACGUUUCUGCGCAGACUCUCUCCAUCACCACCAUGCAUCUUUGGCGGAAGUUCAGCGCGCUUGGCGAUUGUCGGGCAAAAGCGCCAAUCCUGCACUAUUCGAUGCGCUGUUCACGUUCAACAGGUCCGAGAGCCUAGAUCCCGCGUCCUUGUUCCAGCCCUACGUCUCGGACCUCGAGCCUGCUCCUCCCCAUUACAGGCUGAAUGUGGAAUUUGAACAGGCUCCGGAAUUCCUUCUGAUCCGGGUAUCCUGUCGUGGCAUUCUGGUUGGGGAGAAUGAACUCGAGGCCUGGCUUGAAACUCUCGCUCUUGGGUUCGUCGAUAUCGUCAGCUCCCCUGAUGCUCCCGUCUUGAGCUUCCCAGUUCUGCUUAGGUCGCUGCCCCUGAAUGCAUCUCCUCAGCUAGUGGAAGAUGAGGACGUGACAGCGACAGGACAGCAGCUUGCGAUUAUUAAAGAGAUACUCGCGACAGUCACAAGGACGCCGGUGGCAGAGAUCCGUGACAGCAGCAGUAUCUUUACUCUCGGGGUGGACUCCAUCCUGGCGAUGGAUAUUAGUGCAAAAUGCCGAGAUUCGCACAUCAAACUGUCUGUGAGCGAUAUCCUCCAGGGAAAGACAGUGCAAGGCAUCGCAAGGCUCGCAGCCAAACGUCUUGCUGCGUCUUCCGAGCCCAUAAAGUCUAGCGCUCCUGAGUCCAUAAUCGACUCAGAAACCAAAGCGAGGGCUCUGGAGGCGCUUUCUCUAGCAGAAGGCGAUGUUGAUGCCGUGCUGCCCUGUCUUAGCGGUCAGACCUUCUACAUCUCGCGCUGGCUACAAAGCGGUCGACGUCUGUGGGAAUUCACAUUUGCUUUCAAAAGCAAUGUUCGGCUUGACGUGGACCAACUCCAGUAUGCCUGGCAUCUCUUGCAGCAAAGACACAGUGUUCUCCGUACCUCCUUCGCCGCUAUAUCUCCCAACGACGUUGUGCAAGUCGUAUCCAAGCCACACAAAGCGAGCGGAGAGGUCCAUAUCAACAAGCUAGUAUGCGCCGAGCAUACCCAUGCCCUACGAGACCUAGUGCAACAAAUCGCCUCAAUGCCAUCAACUCUAUCCAAACCGCCCGCAAGGCUUCACCUGCUGCAAUCCCGCGACUCGGACGUCCUUCUCCUCACCCUUCACCACGCCCUCUACGACGCCUUCUCCCUUCCCAUCCUCCUCCAAGACCUCGAAGCCCUCUACCUCAACACCUCUCUCCCCUUCCCCAUCGACUUCUCCUCUUUCAUCUCCCAAGCCCAGCGCGAACCCAAUCCCCACUACUGGAACGCCGCACUCCGCAACGCCCAACCCACCAUCCUGGGCUCCAACACCUCUACCCCCCAAGCCUUCCAGUCCCUCAAAUCCUCACAGGCCCAGUUCCCACACAAUCUCACCGCCGUCGAGACUCUCUGCCGCCAACACGGCAUCUCUCUGCCCGCUCUCAUCCUGCUGGCUAUCGGUCGCGCCCUCGCUCGCGUCACAGGCGCCACGAAUCCAACCUUCGGCCUCUUUCAGGCCGGUCGAUCAAGUGACUUCCCAGGACUCGAUGAGAUGGCUGGGCCCAGCGUCAAUGUCCUGCCGUUUGUGGUGCAGGAUGCGCUUUCUGCCCUUGACAUUGUGGCUGCUUCUAUUCAGCGCGAUCUUGCUGAACGUGCGCUGCAUGAUCAGGCGGAUCUGAGGCGGCUGAUGAAGGCAGAGGGGUCUGAAGUUGUGUUUAAUGUUUUGGUUAAUAUUGUGGUGGGAAAUUCCCUGCGAAAUGGGGCUAGGGGUGAAGAUUCUGAGGGUGUGUUCACGCCAUUACCAUUUGCGCUAGAUGAUGAUAGUGGGUUGGGAGAAUUGCCUUCAGUUGCUAGGAAGACGUCCGUUGAUGGCUUGGAUUGUGAUGAGUUGCCGUGCAGAAGUAAUGUGAUGCUGGAGGUGGGUUAUAGUGAGGUGGAUGAUGCGUUGGUGUGGAAGGUUGAUUAUACGGAGGGCUUGUUGAGUGAGCAGGAAACAGGGCGGUUUUUGGGAGUGGUUGAGGAGGAGGUUAAGGGGGUUCUUGCUUGUCUUUAG